GGGAGUAGGAUGACGGCAUGUAGACCUCUUAAAAUAGGCAUUUGACGACGGUCGUGUUACCUCUAGUCCACAAGCCUUCUCUUCAUCACUAACUUUUUAUAAAGGUUUAGCACGUGAACUCUAUUAUGUAGGCUAUUUGAAAGUUUAAUAACGCAUGAAACGCGCAGGUGGACAUUGAAGCGUAUUCUUUCAAACACUUGAACGGUUUUGUAAGAAGUUUGCCGUUGACGGGAGUGUAACUUAUGGCAGCAGCAAAUCGCUUUAAACGAGUGAGAUCUCAACUGCCAUCAUGCUAUUACGAUGGCUUUCUGGAAAAGAAAUCAAUCAAAGACAAGAUGGGUCGUAAACUCUGGACCAGUUUAUGUGGCAAUUCACUCUUUUUCUACAAUAGCACCAAAGACAGUGUUUAUAUAGAGAAGCUGGAGCUCUCUGAUCUCGUCUCUGUAUCAGAUGACUGCUGUCGCGACCGAAACCUGGACGCUGCUAGAUUCACUCUGCACAUGAAAAAUGAAGACAUCAAAAUGAUUGCCCCCAGCCUUGAGGCUCGAGAACUGUGGAAAGGCUUCAUGCUCUCAGUUUCAAAGCUAUCUGUGCCAAGUUCUCUGAACCUGCUGCCUGGCCAGAUUCACAUGAUGAAGGAAAUAAUAGAGAAAGAGAAAAUAAGGCAGCGGCUUCUUUCAUCUCUGCCGUCACCCUCGUGUUCUGACAAUUAUGUUACUGUACCGUCAGACAUGCCUUCGUGUUAUCAUAAUGUCACUCGUGUCGAAGCGGAAUACUUACUGGAAAGGAACGCUAAUCGGGGAAGCCUACUGCUGCGGCCGGGUCAUGAUGGGGCGUCUUUUGCUCUCACUACACGCCAAGAUAUUAACGGACCAGUAUUCAGACAUUACCGUGUGUCUAGGAGGCACGAAGGAGGAUUCGCCAUUGCCCUUGAGACUCCCAUCACCUGUGAGACCCUGCAUGAUGUCGUUAACUGCCUGCUGGAGAAGACCAAUGGGGUGAUGGUGCCUCUUCUGAUGGAGGGACACUAUGAUAAAAAUAUAACAUUUGCUGAGACUGAUAAUGAGAAUGGCGAGAGAAGUCUGCAUUGUCCCAAAGUCCCUUUGCCUACUCCUCCAGUGCCACCCCCAAAACCAGCAUUUGCUGAGACUAAUAAUGAGAAUGGUGAGACAAUUGUGCAAUGUCCUAAAGUCCCUUCACCUACUCCUCCAGUGCCACCCCCAAAACCAGUCCCAAACAAUCAAAGAUCCAGUUCAGAGCCAAACACCUACAUCAAUGUCUCAAAUGCUGGAGAGUAUGAGGUGGAUCAGGCAGCAUGUUCUCCACCUCCUGUCCUGCCACGUCUUCCAGCAGGGCGAUAUUUGCCUCAUCAGAAUUCAAUGCCUCCAGAUCUAAACAGCAGUUCAGAUGUUGAAAGGAAACCUUUGGUACCUUCUGGCUACCCUAAAACAAGUUCCCGAAGCAACAGCUUGUCAGGCAUGCCUAAGAAUAUUCCCAAGUGUCAGCAACAACACGUUGACAUAAAUGAGCUCCAGCAGGUUCUUAAUAGGAGACGAAACCAGGAAUAAAUGUAAUUUCAAUAAGAUGGUGAUGAUAAUGGUUUAAUUGUGGAACGAGGAAUAAUUCCUUAGUAUUAAGCGCGUCUUAAAUCUACACCAGCAGAUAUAUGGAUAUAUCUGUAUCUGUGAUAUUUGCCCACUGCUGUCCAGUUGGAUCAACAAAUAGGCCCUUGAAUCAAAUGUUCUUUAUUGAUCCUUUCAGCAUUAUGAUGUAUUAGUUAUCGCAAUCAUUUAUUAGACUAACAUAUCGAUCAUCAUGUGUCGCGUUGUGUAGCUGCUGACUGUAAAUCACUACUGUUGUUUGUCUAGUUUAUCUUAUUGAUGUACUGUUGAUUUAUCACAGGUUAUUCAGAUGAAAAGUCACAUAUAAAUGUUUUGUUUUGAAUUCCUGUGUCAGAUAGCUGGUCUACGUCUCUUUUCUCUGUCUCUGAUCAUACAAAUAUCAGGCUUGCGAUAACAAUGGCAAAUGGUUGUUGAUAAUAAUGAUUGUGACUUUACUAUGUGGGGAAGUUGCAGGUCUUCUUUCUCCAGAUAGAGAGACAGAUCAAACAAAUGUUGUUUUUCUGUUCCUGUUAAAACACGUUUUAUACUAUAUAUUUUGAGACCAAUACAACGAUCAUGGAAA